UCCCACUUCCAUUGCAUGCUGGGUAUUGUAGUUAAUUUAAAGAGUAUCCGCAAAUACCAGCUAAAAGAAAAACUACAUUACCCAGCAUGCACCGGGCUAUUCACCAGGAAAAGGGAAGAGGCGUGUCAGUUAUCCGCCUACAUGGAGGAUGAGGAGGACUGCCCAGUACUUGUUCCCAUAACAGAUUUUGCGCACGCGGAUGAGCCAGAUCGCAAAAUCCCUGUCACUAUAAUUACAGGUUAUUUAGGUGCAGGAAAGACUACACUGUUGAACUAUAUUCUGACAGAACAGCACAACAAAAGAAUUGCUGUAAUUAUCAACGAGUUUGGGGAAGGAAGUGCUGUGGAGAAGUCUUUAGCUAUAAGUCAAGCUGGUGAACUGUAUGAAGAAUGGCUGGAAUUAAGGAAUGGCUGUCUCUGUUGCUCAGUAAAAGACAAUGGUCUUAAAGCCAUUGAAAAUCUAAUGCAGAAGAAAGGGAAGUUUGACUAUAUACUUCUGGAAACUACUGGAUUAGCAGAUCCAGGUGCAGUAGCCUCUAUGUUUUGGGUGGAUGCUGAACUGGGAAGUGACAUAUACUUAGAUGGCAUUGUAUCUGUAGUCGAUGCUAAAUAUGCACUGAAGCACCUUCAAGAGGAGAAACCAGAGAGCCUUAUCAAUGAGGCAGCAAGGCAGGUGGCUUUGGCUGAUGUACUGAUCAUAAAUAAAACAGAUUUAGUUGCAGAAGAAGAACUGGAUGCCGUAAGAUCAACCGUGAGCUCUAUCAACGGACUUGUCAAAAUUCUGGAGACCCAGAGAGCAAGGGUUAACUUAAUGGAUAUACUGGACCUGCAUGCAUUUGACAGCCUCUCUGGAAAGGGUUUUCAGGAUAAAUUGGUGGCCAGUGCAGUCCAUCCACAUCUUGAUAAGAGCAUUGUGACCGUUACAUUUGAAGUGCUUGGCAGUAUAACUGAAGAAAACCUGAAUUUGUUUGUACAGAAUCUGCUGUGGGAGAAGAAUGUAAUAAACAGGAUAGGACAUCCCAUAGAAGUUAUCAGACUGAAGGGAUUGGUGUCAAUCAAGGACAAACCACAGCAAGUGAUUUUGCAAGGUGUCCAUGAAUUGUAUGAUUUGGAAGAGACCCAAAUGACCUGGCAGGACAAUGGUGAUCGAAUAAACCGCCUGGUUUUUAUAGGUAGACAUCUGGAUAAGGAGACACUCAAGCAGCUGUUUGUGUCAGCUCAGAAUGCUUGAUAUUGCUGUACAUGUGAACACGGCGACAAAAGUGCAUUUGGUCACAUUUUGCAGCAGUGCAGUUGAUUCUGUUAUUUUUAUCUGCAUUUGGUCCUAAUGUUAAUUUAAAACAGAUGUUGAUUAUUUUGUGUUUAAACGUGUAAAUACACCUGUCCAUCAUC